GUGGGUUCUGAAAGCGGUGAAGACUGUUCUUCAUCUUUGCGUCUCUGCACAGAGUAUUUUUUUUCAGGGUCAGUUGAAGAAAGUGUGUUGUUUGCUCAUGUUUGUUAAACAUGGCAUGAACUCUCAGUUCACCUUAUUGGGCAGUGCAAAACAUUGUAUGUUGGCAUCCUCGGCUGUUUUAAGAAGACAGCAGUUCCUGAUAAGAACUCUUGGGGGAUAUACUGAUCAAAACCACCUGAAAAGAAUGCAACAAACUAAGGCAAUGAGUGGGACUGCCUUUGAAGCCGAUUCUGAGAACAUUUUGAGGGCAAUUACUCCAAACCUUGAUCCUAGUAAACAUAAAGGCCAGGCAGGGAAGAUAGCUGUUAUUGGCGGGUGUCGUGAAUACACUGGUGCUCCCUAUUUUGCAGCUAUUUCAGCUUUAAAAAUUGGGGCAGAUUUGUCUCAUGUUUUCUGUACAAAAGAUGCCGCUUCAGUCAUAAAAAGCUAUAGUCCUGAGUUGAUUGUGCACCCCAUUUUAGAAGAAUCCUACAGCAUUAGGGAUGAAGACAAACCAUCCAUAUCAGGCAAGGUUCUUGCUGAGGUCAAUAAGUGGAUGGAAAGAUUUGACUGUCUUGUUGUUGGUCCAGGACUUGGAAGGGACCCAUUUCUUUUGGAUUGUGUUCGUGAAAUCAUGAAGCAUGCAAGACAGUCGAAUGUCCCAAUUGUCAUAGAUGGGGAUGGACUUUUUCUUGUUACAGACAGUCUUGAUCUUGUUAGUGGUUAUCCCUUAGCUGUCCUUACCCCAAACGUAAAUGAAUAUAAGCGCCUUGUUGAGAAAGUGCUGAAUUGUAAAGUUGAUGAUCAUGACGCUCAUGAGCAAUUACUAUCUCUUGCCAACGGGAUUGGAAGCGUAACCAUCCUACGGAAAGGAAAAUCUGACCUCAUUAGUGAUGGUGAGACAGUCAAAUCAGUAAGCAUCUAUGGUUCUCCUCGACGCUGUGGUGGCCAGGGUGAUAUACUUUCUGGAAGUGUUGCAGUUUUUUUAUCAUGGGCUCGUCAACGUCUUUCGGCUGCAGAAGGGGAUUUGCCUAUCAGCAAAAUUAAUCCAACAGUAUUGGGGUGCAUUGCUGGGUCUGCUUUAAUGAGGAAGGCUGCAUCACUUGCUUUUCAGAAUAAGAAAAGGUCUACACUCACCAGCGAUAUCAUCGAGUGCUUGGGGAAAAGUUUGGAGGAUUUUUGUCCCGCCAUUUGAUGCUGCUGCUUCAUAGUGCAGGGUCACAACGGUGGCCCCAGGAGAGACAUUGCUGGGUUGAACCUAUUUUCUGUUUCUUCCUGUCCUAAUCUUGUAAGACGUGUCUUGCUCUUCCCCCACUUUUGUCCUUCUUCUUUCUCUUGUAAAUUCAAUAAGUAUUUACUGUAAAGAAGAUUGACAUAUUAAGAAGGGUUGGUUUUUCUUUUGGUUGAUAUACUACAAAUUUGGUCCCUCUCA